CUCCCUGGUUCAAGGACACCUGGGGUCUGCCCUGCAAUGACACUAAGUCCUGGCUCAGUGGUGUCACCCCAGAAAGAGGGCUGUGGUGGUGUGGAGCCUGCAGGCUUGUCUGCCCUUUUUGGGCAGUUUCCAAUAGCAAUUCACUUUGCUUCGAGUGACUGAAGGAGUGUAAUGAUUCCGUUGAAGGCAAUUUCUUCUUGCAAUCCUCAUGCUUGUAAACAUUCUGUUCCAAUUCCUGCUGUUUUUCCCAUUUACCUUUUUCUGUGUGGCAGGAGCAGUUUCUAUUAACAAGAUCAUUGACUAGCAAUUACAUUAAGCCUUUAGGAUAGUUAUAGAUAGUUCAUUCUUUCCUUGUGCUUGGGCUUAGUGGUAAGCAAAAAACUCUCCAUGUGAAGCUGGCUGACUCCCUACACCUGACUGUUGUCUUUGGGGAUUGAAAAUCACUAUUAGUUUGAAAGGUAGUUUUAGAAAUUUUGCUGUUUCAAAAAAAUUUUUUUUUUAACUUUUUAUAAGAUCGUCUUUGAACAAAAUACAAGCAGGAGUUAGACUUCUGUAAUCUGUUGACAGCUGAAUUGGGUAUUUCAGUGUGCGAGGCUGUAAGAAGACUUAAAAAAAAAAAGGAAAGAAAUCAAAUGAUAAAACACCUUCUAAAAGACCAAGUAAAAUUCCAUACUUUGGAGUCGACAUAAAAAAAUAGGUAGAUAAGAUCGUGAGUAUUUGUGGAUUGAGGAAUUUCAAGAGGUGAUAGAAUCUGCACAUCCAGUGCCCGCUCUCUUGAUUUUCCUGCAGUUGCACACAGGAUGGCGGCUUGGUCACAGGUGGGCCCAUAGCUUAUUUGAAGGGUUUUGGGUAAGUUUGUGCUACAUUGGCAGGAACCCUGGACUGAGGGUCAGGACCCUGGGUUCUCCUUGAGUGUCCCUCCACCUCUUACAGGGCAGCGAGCAGGGCAACCCAGAGCUCUCAAACCUGCCCGCUCUAAAUAGCUUCUUGCCAUCCACUGCAUCAAGACAAAACACCUACGACCUUUAAUGGAAAGGAGCUUUAAUACAAUUAGUGUGCAACAAAGAAAAGACAAAGAGCAUGGUUUCCAAAUCCAGUACUCAAAGUUACCCAUCCCCUCGUGGGUGAAUGCUCAGCCACACAGGGCUGGCCCAAAGCAGGGCCACUGAGGCCGGAAAGCCUGCCACGAGUCUAAAGCAACUUCUGGAGGGGGGAGGGGGGCUGUUGGGAAGGGCAGAAGGGAUCAGACAAGUCUGGAAGGAAAACAGCAACAUUAAAAUCAAUAUAAAAGCUGCCAUUGUUAACCUCCCCAAGGGCCUAUCACCCACAUCUGUUUCAAACAGUCCAGGACCAAAAAACAAGUGCAGCUUCUUCACUUGUCUCUGCUCCAGGUGCCUCCUCCAGGUCUCCUGGCUCUGCAUCCUUCCUCGUCCAGUUUCCUCUCCAGCUUCUUCUGCUCCCUGCUCAGCUCCACCCUCCCUUGGGUGGGGCAGGGAACCUGGAACCUCCCCCUUUCGUGGGGACCACCCUGUCACAUGCCCUCUUGAUCUUUUGACCUUUUGAUCUCGGGUUUUCUCAUCUGUAAAACGGAGAAGGGGUGGGUAAUACAUCCAAAUAGACCUACGCAUUCUGGCUUAACCCUCCUGGGGCGUUUUCCUGGGAGGGUGAGCAAAUGGGGAACCUCUCAGUUGGCCUCCUUUUUGGGAAAAAAAUCUUGGUUUAUUGUUCAUCUUAAGUAGUUUCGUGAACCUAUUAGGAAGGGCUUAAGCAGAAUUUGUGAGAAAUUCUAGUCACCAGCACCCUGAGCAGUGCCCGGCUUGGGAUUGACACGCCGAAGAAUUUGUUGACUGAAAAAAGAAACAAGUCUUUCUGGAGCUUUUGCAAUACGCCCUGCAUGGAAUACAAUGGAGGGAACGGCCCACUCCCCGCCCUGAAGGAGUUUCUAGUCGAUUUGUGAAGACAAGCUGGGAAUGCAGGGCCCUCCUUUUCCAAGAGAGAUGGUGGUGGGUCCUCCGUGAUUAAAUGCGGAAUUAGUGGCACAGGUAAUGAUGGCUCCAGAGUGCAGGCUGAGAGGGCCUACCAGGGAAGACCAGGGGUUUCAGGCGCUGUUCUUGGCAGUGCUGAGAUAGUGCUGGCAGAAAAAUCAGGGUUUAAAGGAAGGACAGAGACGGGACUGCAUUCAGAUGUCAAGUGAAAUGAAGCACUGGAAGCACCUCUGUUCCCCGCCCUGAGUGUGGAUGUCAGCUCCUGCUUCUUGUUGGAUGGGUUUCCAGUUCUGCCUUGAUCCGCUGCUUCUGAGGGGCUGCUGACCACGAGCCUGGUUCUGUACCAGCCGAGAGAGAAUCAGACACACAGAGCAGUGGGCUUGGUCACCUGAACUGAUUAAGAUUCCCAGGGCUGUGUGUUUCUUUACAAUUUCUUGAUGUCUGUUUUGAGCUAAAUAAUUCAUUCUGGCAAGCGCUUCGUUUACAACAGAGAGGGGGCAUGUUCAGGGGGAGGAAGAAGAAAAGAGCCUUUGAUUCCUUUGAGUUCCAGCAGGAGGGCCAGGCUGCCUUGGGCUAGCUUCUUAUUUUGGACUUUGGAAACCAUCUUAGCCCAGCUGUGGGAGUGCCAGCCAGCGCUGGAAGGAAGAGAAUAUGGCCCUGGAUCGCCUUCACCCCCCUUGGCCUGCGGAUGGCCAGCUUCCCCUCCUUGCCCAUCCUGUCCCUUGUCCCUUGCGUGAACGGGGUCGCUGACUUCCCCCAAGCCGGGGGCCCCACCCAUUGGAACUCCACUGAAGUCAUUCUUAUCUUGGUGGCUCCUUUUAUCGCAGCCUGAACUUUUCAAGUCACAGGUCUCUUUAUUCCAGCCCCUGCCUUGGGCUACCAGCAUGAAUCAAAUUCAGUUUUUUUUUUCUUGUUUAGAUUUCUGGUGUGGGCUUGUGGGAAAAUGGCUCACUAUACCAAGGAUUUCCACUUUUAUUUAAAAAAGAGGAGCCUCUUCAGUGCCAGCUUGGCCAGGAAAGCCUGCAGAAUUGUAGCUGGCCACUUAGGGCUGCAGAUUUACUGGGAAAAGUCAUUUUAAGAACUGAAAGUUUUGCACGAUGCCAGGUUGGUAGGUGUGAGCUCUUUAAAUCUGCCUUAACGGAGAAAAAGAAUCAUCAGUGUUUUAAGCCAUUCUUUUGUUGUUUUGCCUCUCACUGAAGGGGAGCGUUUCCAGGCUGAAUGCAUGUGAAGUCAAACCCUGACCACCUCCCCCCUUCCACAGCCGGCUUUGUAGAAAGUGGUUAGUUAGGACUGUCCCGAAAUGCCUGCUGCUCUCCUCUGUUACUCUUCGCGCUUGAAGCCUUCUGAUUACAGCAGUGGCUGCCAAGCCCAGGCCCUCAGUUUUAUCUGGAACAAAAAUUUUCCAUGUGAUCGUUUUUUAGCAGCGUUCCGACAUGCAAACCGCACACGGAGAGGCGUGGAAAAGGAGAUGGUUUGUGCUACGCAGCGGCCGUCUAACUGGAGACCCGGAUGUCUUGGAAUAUUACAAAAAUGAUCACGCCAAGAAGCCCAUCCGUAUCAUUGAUUUAAACUUAUGCCAACAAGUCGAUGCUGGAUUGACAUUUAACAAAAAAGAAUUUGAAAACAGCUACAUUUUCGAUAUCAACACCAUUGACCGAAUUUUCUACUUGGUGGCGGACAGCGAAGAGGAGAUGAAUAAGUGGGUCCGUUGUAUUUGUGACAUCUGUGGGUUUAAUCCUACAGAAGAAGAUCCUGUGAAGCCACCUGGCAGCUCCUUACAAGCACCAGCUGAUUUACCUUUACCUGUAAGUACAGCACCACUGUCCACCCAAGUGGAGUCAUCGUCUGGUGUGCCACCUCCCCCGUAUCAGCUCAUCAGCUCUCCGCCACACCUAGAAACUCUUGGCCUCCAGGAGGAUCCUCAAGACUACCUCUUGCUAAUCAACUGUCAAAGCAAGAUGCCUGAACCUGCCAGAACACACAUGGAUUCUGCAAAAUCCACGUCUUCUGAGACAGACUGCAACGAUAACGUCCCUUCUCAUAAAAACCCCACUUCCUCCCAGAGCAAACAUGGGGUGAAUGGCUUCUUCCAGCAGCAGGUGACAUACGACUCACCAGCAUCCCGCUCGGCCUCGGUGUCUGUGGACUCCAGCCUGUACAACCUCCCCAGGAGUUAUUCCCAUGACGUCUUACCAAAGGUGUCUCCAUCAAGUACCGAAGCAGAUGGAGAGCUCUACGUCUUCAAUACCCCGUCUGGGACGUCCAGUGUGGAGGCCCAGAUGAGGCAUGUAUCUAUCAGUUACGACAUUCCUCCAACACCUGGCAAUACCUACCAGAUUCCACGGACUUUUCCAGAAGGGACCUUUGGACAGACAUCAAAGCUUGACACUAUUCCCGAUAUCCCUCCCCCUCGGCCACCGAAACCGCAUCCAGCCCACGACCGGUCCCCUGUGGAAACCUGUAGCAUCACACGCACGGCCUCAGACACUGACAGUAGUUACUGCAUCCCUAAGGCGGGGAUGCCGCCGUCACGUAGUAACACCAUCUCCACCGUGGAUUUGAACAAACUGCGAAAAGAUGCUAGUUCUCAAGACUGCUAUGAUAUUCCACGAACAUUUCCAAGUGAUAGAUCUAGUUCACUUGAAGGCUUCCAUAACCACUUCAAAAUCAAAAAUGUGUUGACAGUGGGAAGUGUAUCAAGUGAAGAACUGGAUGAAAAUUAUGUCCCAAUGAACCCCAACUCGCCCCCACGACAGCAUUCCAGCAGUUUCACCGAACCCAUGCAGGAAGCCAACUAUGUGCCGAUGACUCCGGGGACAUUCGAUUUUUCCUCAUUUGGAAUGCAAGUUCCUCCUCCUGCUCAUAUGGGCUUCCGAUCCAGCCCAAAGACCCCUCCCAGAAGGCCAGUUCCUGUAGUAGACUGUGAACCACCCCCUGUGGAUCGGAACCUCAAGCCAGACAGAAAAGGUCAGAGUCCUAAAAUUUUAAGACCCAAACCCCAAGGUUUAGAGCGAACUGAUUCACAAACCGUAGGGGACUUUCCGACAAGAAGAAAGGUCAAGCCAGCACCUUUAGAAAUUAAACCCUUUCCCGAAUGGGAAGAAUUACAAGCCCCGAUUAGAUCUCCCAUCACCAGGAGUUUUGCUCGAGACUCCUCCAGGUUCCCCCUGUCCCCCCGGCCUGACUCUGUGCACAGCACGACUUCCAGCAGCGACUCUCACGACAGCGAGGAGAACUAUGUCCCCAUGAAUCCAAACCUGUCCAGUGAAGACUCGAAUCUUUUUGGCAGUAACAGCCUCGACGGAGGAAGCAGCCCUAUGAUCAAGCCCAAAGGAGACAAGCAAGUGGAAUACCUAGAUCUUGAUUUAGAUUCUGGGAAAUCCACACCACCACGUAAGCAAAAGAGCAGUGGUUCGGGCAGCAGCGUGGCCGAUGAGCGGGUGGAUUACGUUGUGGUAGACCAACAGAAGACCCUGGCCCUAAAGAGCACCCGGGAAGCCUGGACAGACGGGAGGCAGUCCACGGAGUCCGAAACACCCACCAAGAGCGUCAAGUGAAAACACCGCUUUGUUGGCUUGAACAAAAGAGAACUCACUUGUAAAAGAUGAAUCCCGUUUGACCGAAGAUGGCUCGAGACAUCUACUCCAGGCAGAUCCUCGACCAAGAGGCGUGGACUGUCCAAGAAGUCUCCAGGCAUAAUCAAAUAAUCCGACUGUCAAUGGUGCUUUGUGGUAUCUGAACAAUUCAUCAUAUGUAAAUAAUGUGGGAAAAUAGUAUUGUGUGGCUCCCAGAGGAAGCAUUUGUUCCAUAGUUAACACACUUGUAGUAUUACUGUAUUGAUGCACUUUUUCAUUUAAAACAUUGGUUUUCUCAAAUGUACCUUAACAUAGUUCCUUUGGGAGUUCUUGUUUUUCCUCACACUACUCCAUAUAAUAAGUUAACUAAGCUACUUUUAGUUUGGGAAGUUGCUCUUUAACUACAGCCUAACACCAUUAAGAGGAGAAGUAGAGACUCAGUUGACAUGUCCACCUGAAACCUCAGGUGGUGACCGUUAGCUUGUCAGCUAGAGUGCGGUCCACUUCCUUCAUUGCCUUCCAAAAUGCCGACGAUAAUAUAUGUACUGGUGUCAGGAGCUACUCCUCUGCUUCAUGUACAUUUAAUUUUCAAUGGUAGAACUUUGUUCCAUGUUGUCAAUUACAGUGUUUUUGGUUCAUUGAGUGAAGAUUCUGCCGGCUUACACCUCAGAAGACAGAAUUAUGCUAUGGAGUAAGCCUGCACGUCACUGGGGGCAUGCAGUGGUGACAUGCUCUCAUACUUGUUAAACUGUAUUAAGCUUUACAUUUUUGGCAAAAUGUAGAUUAUAUAACUAAUCAGGUACGUACCAGGCACUGAUGUGCUAAUAAUACACUGAUCAGGUUUAGGCAAUGAGCUUUAGUUUGUUCUUGUUAGUCCUAAUGUUGGUUUCCAGUUUGGAAUUAAUGAUACAGUUGACACUCA